UUCCCUCCUCUCUCUCUCUCUCUCUCUCACUUCCACCUUUAAACUAAACAAACACUCAUUGGUGCCAUUUUCAAAUUCUCUAUUUCCUUCAAAACCCUAUUUUAUGUGAAAGGUUCGUCUUCGCUGCAUUUGGGUUGAUCGCACCAACUUCUUGUUAUUUGUAGCCAAGGAAAGAAUGACAGAGGUAGUUCCUCGAACUGAAGAGGCUGCUGAACCACCAGCAUCACCUCAGCCAUCUCCUGAUGUGCCACAUAAUAUGGAAACUGAACAGUUAACUCCUACAAAGUAUUCUAUUAUGAGUAGGAAUGGGGUUGGGACCGCAGGAAAACAGAUAUCUUUACUUGUGAAUCUCUUUGAAGUUUCUGUUAAUGCUCCGGAAACACUGUUUUUCCAGUAUAGUGUUGCUAUUACUUUAGAAGAUAAGCGAGCAGUUGAAAGCAAGGUCAUUGGGAGAAAAGUGAUUAACAGGCUUUACCAAAUAUACUCUUCUGAACUUGGUGACAAAAGGUUUGCCUAUGAUGGAGGGAAAACUUUGUACACAGCAGGUCCUCUGCCGCUAAAUAAGUAUGAGUUCAAAGUUCUUUUGGAGGAAUCAUUUAGAAAACGCCGUAGUGCUGGUGCUGAUGGAAGCCUUUGUGAGGAAAGUAAAAGGUCCAAACAUUCUUUUCAGCUAAAGACAUUCAUGGUGGAGAUAAGUUUUGCAGCCAAAAUACCCAUGCAGUCCAUUGCUGUUGCUCUCGAAGGGGUUGACUCAGAUGCCAAUUCUGAAGAUGCGUUGAGGGUGCUUGAUACUGUACUGAGGCAGCGUGCAGCUGAUUGUGGGUGUCUUUUGGUAAGGCAGUCCUUUUUUCACGAUGACCCAAGAAAUUUCACUGAUGUUGGGGCUGGUGUAACAGCAGUCUCGGGUUUUCAUUCCAGUUUUCGUUCUACACCGCGAGGGUUGUCUCUAAAUAUGGACGUGUCAACAACUGUGAUCAUAAAACCUGGUCCUGUAAUUGAUUUUCUGUUAUCAAAUCAGCAAGUGAGGGAACCCCGUUAUAUUGACUGGGAAAAGGCCAAAAAGGUGCUUAAAAAUUUAAGGGUACAAGCAACUCAUCGAAACCUGGAAUUUAAAAUUUCUGGCUUGAGUGAGAAACCAUGCAAUCAGCAACUUUUUAGCAUGAAGGUUAAAAAUGAUGACGGCAGUAAUGAAGGACAGACGGUGGAGAUUACUGUAUAUGAAUAUUUUGUCAAACAUUGUGGCAUUGAUCUGCCCUCAUCUUAUUAUUUUCCAUGUCUUGAUGUUGGAAAACCAAAUCGGCCCAACUAUCUUCCUUUGGAGCUAUGUUCACUUGUGUCCCUCCAACGGUAUACAAAGGCACUCUUACCAAUGCAAAGAGCAUCUUUAGUUGAGAAAUCACGCCAAAAGCCUCAAGAUAGAAUCAAAAUUCUGAAAAAUGCUGUAGGAAACUAUUGCUAUGAUGAUGAUCCUGUUCUUGCUGCAUGUGGCAUUUCUGUUGAUAAACAAUUGGCUCUUGUUGAAGGUCGUGUCCUUGAGGCACCACAGUUAAAGGUUGGCCAGAAUGAUGUUUGCAUCCCAUGUAAUGGAAGGUGGAAUUUUAAUAAGAAGACACUUCUACAACCAUCGCAUAUUGAUUAUUGGGCUGUUGUCAACUUUUCUGCAAGAUGUGAUACUAGUUACUUAUCAAGGGAGCUGAUCAGAUGUGGAAUGAGCAAGGGCAUUAACAUUGAACGGCCACAUUCUUUGAUAGAGGAGGAACCACAGUUGAGAAGAUCUAACCCUGUUGCAAGGGUUGAAAGAAUGUUUGACCUGCUGAAAUCAAAACUAAAUAGAGAACCAAAGUUGAUUCUUUGUGUCUUACCAGAGAGGAAAAAUUGUGAUAUAUAUGGGCCUUGGAAAAAGAAGUGUCUGAGUGAAGUCGGUGUUGUCACACAGUGCAUUUCCCCUAUCAAGAUCACUGAUCAAUACCUUAAUAACAUACUUCUCAAAAUCAAUUCUAAGCUUGGAGGAAUAAAUUCUCUGUUGGCAAUGGAGCAUUCUGGCCAUCUUCCCUUAAUUAAAGACACCCCAACAAUGAUUUUGGGGAUGGAUGUCUCUCACAGAGGUCAAUUAGAUAUUCCAUCAGUUGCAGCUGUUGUUGGAUCUCGAUGUUGGCCAUUGAUUUCAAGGUAUAGAGCGUCUGUGAGAUUGCAGGCAUCUAAGGUAGAGAUGAUUGAUGCUCUAUACAAGCCAUUGGAAAAUGGGGGUGACGAUGGUAUUAUCAGGGAAUUGCUGCUAGAUUUCUAUGAUUCAAGUAACAGCCGCAAGCCAACUCAAUUUAUUGUCUUCAGGGAUGGAGUAAGUGAAUCACAAUUUCAACAAGUCUUGACUGUCGAGCUUGACCAGAUAAUAAAGGCCUAUCAACGUCUGGGUGAGGAUGAUGUUCCCAAGUUCACCGUGAUAGUGGCACAGAAAAAUCAUCAUACUAGGCUGUUUCAGACUAAAAGUCCGGAAAAUAUUCCUCCAGGGACUGUUGUGGACACAGCAAUCACGCAUCCAAGAAAUUAUGAUUUUUACAUGUGUGCUCAUGCGGGGAUGAUGGGAACAUCUAGGCCUGUACAUUAUCAUGUGCUACUUGAUGAGAUUGGUUUCUCAGCAGAUGGCUUACAAAAUUUGAUCAAUUCGCUGUCCUAUGUGAACCAAAGAAGCACGAUUGCAACCUCAGUUGUGGCACCCAUAUGCUAUGCUCAUCAUGCUGCAGCUCAGAUUGGACAAUUUUUGGAUGUUAAUGAUUUAUCAGAAACGGGCUUAAGUUCUACUGCAGAGCUUCCAAGAUUGCAUAAGAAUAUCAGGAGUUCUAUGUUCUUCUGUUGAUAUGUAGCGUCAAUGUACAUUUGCUAUACCUCUACACAUUUGAUGCUAGCAAUGAAAUAGUUAUUUCUGCUUCCUUUU